GUGAUCUUGAACGCAACUUUUAGGCGACUAAGAUGCAGUUGACGUGACGAUGGUGACCAUAGCGGAGGUGCUGAGUUUGGUGCUGGUGUCGCUGCUGUGGGGCUGCACAAACCCUUUCCUGAAAAAAGGUUCAGAGGGGAUAGAAAAUGUGACAGAAACCAACCGAGUCUUUCAGCUGCUCGCUGAAAUCAAGUUUCUCCUUCUAAACAUAAAGUAUUUGGUCCCAUUUCUAAUAAACCAGAGUGGUUCUCUGGUUUAUUUUUAUACGCUGUCAACAACUGAUUUGUCUCUUGCUGUUCCUGUGGCGAACUCUCUCACCUUCCUUUGCACUCUGCUGACGGGAAAGCUGCUGGGGGAAGAGUUUGGAGGCAAACGGGCCGUAGUGGGAAUGUUCCUCACGAUGACAGGCGUCACUCUGUGCGUUAUAAGCUCCAUUGAAGCCAAAGAUACUGACAGGCACAACGAGAGCCAACCUCAGCUCCGAUGGAGAUAAAGCAGUUGUUGAAGAAAAGGAAAGCAAAGCUGCAUCUUUAGCAGGACUGGAGGCAGAAAACGUCUUGGAAGGACAAUCUCUUCCAGAUUUACUCAUGUUGGACUUCAAAAGGAGGAAGAGGACAGGAUUUAUGGAGCUCACAUAGAAAAAGAUUUCUAGAUUUUACUUCUGUGGGAGACGACAAAACUGUUUGAAAAUGACAUUUUAUACGUCAAGCUGUAACUAACUAACUAAAUAAUUUCCUCUUUUCCAAAGUCGGGUCAAGAAACACUAAUAAAACCAGCUGAUAAUGAUCUAAAUGUU